AUGACCUUGCAUCAAAUGUACCACAGCUUGUCCCUCGCCUGUGCAGUUAGUCAGGAUGAGGUCAUUGCAAGGUCAGAGGUCAGAGAUGGCGAUGGCAUCUUCGAAAGACCUGUGGCGGCACAUUCUUUUUCUUCUUCUUCUUCUUCCUCUUUUUCUUCUUCUUCUUCUUCCUCUUUUUCUUCUUCUUCGUCUUCUUCUGCUUCUUCUUCUUCUUCUCCUUCUUCUUCUUCCUCUUCUUCUUCGUCUUCUUCUUCUUCUUCUUCUUCUUCUUCUUCUUCUUCUUCUUCUUCUUCUUCUUCUUCCUCUUCUUCUUCGUCUUCUUCUUCUUCUUCUUCUUCUUCUUCUUCUUCUUCUUCUUCUUCUUCUUCCUUUUCUUCUUCUGCUGCUGCUUCUUCUUCUUCUUUUCCUUCUUCUUCUUCUUCUUCUUCUUCUUCUUCUUCUUCUUCUGCUUCUUCUUCUUCUUCUCCUUCUUCUUCUUCCUCUUCUUCUUCGUCUUCUUCUUCUUCUUCUUCUUCUUCUUCUUCUUCUUCUUCCUCUUCUUCUUCUUCUUCUUCUUCUUCUUCUUCUUCUUCUUCUUCUUCUUCUUCUUCUUCUUCUUCUUCUUCUUCUUCUUCUUCUUCUUCUUCUUCUUCUUCUUCUUCUUCUUCUUCUUCUUCUUCUUCUUCUUCUUCUUCUUCUUCUUCUUCUUCUUCUUCUUCUUCUUCUUCUUCUUCUUCUUCUUCUUCUUCUUCUUCUUCUUCUUCUUCUUCU